CCCCCCUCUCUGCCCCCCCUCCUCCCCUCCCUCGCGGUGCAGCAGCAGCAGCCGCCGGAUUGUGCACGAGUCCGUCAGGCAGAGGGGUCGUGGAUUGCGAGCGUGCUGGGCAGUGGAUACUCAAGCGCGACACACACACACACGGCUCUCUGUGUUACAUACCACCUACUCGUAGGUACACACACUGGGUACACACACGUGUGUAUUAUAUACGCUGUAGAGAUACGUACGUACUGCAGAGAUAUACCGUAUUCAGGUCGACACUACGACUGCUAGCCAUAGGAUCUUACACAUUGAUGAUACACGUACGUACAGAGAUAUACACGCAUCGAUAUAUACUGUAGAGCCGAUGCCGUUUCGCAAACCAACACUCAUGGACGCACUGGUGGUACACAUACACGGCUAUAGAUAGGCAUCUACACGUACGGGAUACACACACACACGAUACAUAUUACACGAACUCGCACGCACGCGUACCGAUUCUCACCGCGCAAAUUUCGGGCUCGUCGCUCGAUACACGCGCACGUACGCACGUACGCGUUCCCCAUAUACAAACCUACUCGCCACCACACAUACACACACGCGCGUAUUACAUACAUAACAAAAGCACACACACCGACGUACAGAUAUGUAGCUGUCAUUAGACACGCGCGCGCGCACGUACACACGUGCGCACACGGGACACACACACAGAGUGUUACAGACGCGAAGCAGUAAACAGGGCUGCAGCAGCAGCAGCAGGAGGAUGUUGAGCGGCGGGCAGACAAGCCGGGCUUGCUCCUAGCUCUCUCUCUCUCCUCUAACCCACCGUUACCGCGCGCGCAUCUACUUCCACAAUCUACAUCAUCGUCAUCAUCUUCUUCCUCUUCGUCGUCUGCUGGGGUUUUGGAGGGUGGAGUGCGGGGGGAGCCGCGAGAGGGGCCGACAUGAUGCGUGUGACGCUGCUGCCGGCUCCGAGGACAUGAAAGAUGAGCGAAGAGGCGCGCCCAGAUGAUGACAGCCCGAUGGUGUGCGUGCGCGCCGUGGUGAUGACGCGCGAUGACUCGAGCGGGGGCUGGGUGCCGCUGGGGGGCGGCGGCCUCAGCAAGGUGGGGGUCUACAGGCAGCGCGGCCCCGACGAUCCGGCCGCCACGGCCGCCACCACCGCCGCCGCCGCCGCCGUCACCGCCGCCACCGCCUUCCGCAUCCACGGGGAGCGGCCCAGGGACAACCUGGUCAUGCUGGAGUGCCUGCUGGACCAGGACCUGGUGUACAACAAGGUGACGCCCACCUUCCACCACUGGCGCAUCCACCAGAAGAAGUUCGGCCUCACCUUCCAGAGCCCGGCUGACGCGCGCGCGUUCGACCGCGGCGUUCGCAAGGCCCUGGAGGACCUCAACCUCGGGGCCCCCACGCCACCGGGCACCGUGUCCAGCGAGAGGGAUGGUGGCUCCGAGGACGAAGGCUGCAAUGCGGUGGACAGCGGCACGUCGUGCUCGUCGCACCUGUGCGCGACGGAGCGGCGCGAGCAGAUGAGGAGGCAGGCGAGCCUGGCGACGGAGGCGUCCCGCGGGCACUACCACGUCUCGCCGCACGAGGCCUACACGCGCCACUACCCCUCCGACUGCCUGCACCAGGCGGCGCCGCCCCCGCGCCGCUUUUCGCGCCACGUCAGCUUCCUGGACGAGGCGGAGGCGGCACGCGCGGAGCCGCGGCGCGAGGUCUGGUUCAAGGGCUACGAGGACUACCGCUACGCGCUGGCGCUGCGCCGGCAGCUCGAGCACCACCACGACGCCGCCGGCGCCGGCGCCGCCGCCGCCGCCGACUCCUCGUACGUGCACUUUGACGACAAGGCCGAGUCCGGCAGCAAGAAGCACGACUACAGCUACCCCUACCUGGAGGGAGGCCCCUACAGCACGGCCAAGGACGGCCUGUCGGUGGUGGUGACCCAGCCAUCGCCGGGUUCCAAGAAGCGUGGCGGCGGCGGCGGCAAGCCACCUCCGGAGGACGUGGAGCGCCAGCGCUGCGUCUACUGCCGCGAGAUGUUCGCCGCACGCGACAACGGCCGCGGGCGCUGCCCCGACGCGCCGGACCCGGUGCGCGGCUGCAUCCACCGCGCCAGCUGCCUGUGGUGCGCCGAGAGCGUGCUCUACCACUGCAUGUCGGACCCCGAGGGCGACUACACCGACCCCUGCUCGUGCGACCCCACGGACGAUUCCUUCUGCCUGCGCUGGCUCGCGCUGUCGGGCCUGUCGCUGCUGGCGCCCUGCAUGUGCUGCUACCCGCCGCUCAUGCUGUGCCACCGCUGCGGAGAGCGGUGCGGCUGCUGCGGGGGCAAGCACAAGGCCAUCAGCUGAUGAGGAC